CACGAGACUCGGUCACAUGACAGGCUUCACACUCUCUCUCUGUGUGUGAUUGUGUGUGAGUGUGUGUGUGUGUGAGGUGUAUCGGCUGCUGUAACUGAAGAUGUCAGAGGAGAGGGGUUCUUCAGCGCAGACGGAGGAAGACGAGGAUCUGUUCGUCAGCGCGAUGGAGUCUCCAGAAGCAGCUCGUCUGUCUGCAGGAGACCUCAGCCCCAGCUCUAACGGACCCCGAGACGAUGACCCCGACGACCUCUUCGCCGAAGCGACGGAGGAAGUGUCUCUGGACAGUCCGGAGCGUCAGCCGAUCCUGUCAGACGGACCGUCUCCUGCCAUCACACCGGUCAGCAUCAGCCCCAGAGUGGACGUGUUUGACCGCUCGCCGGACCUGGAUGAAGAAGAAGAGGAAAACAGAGACACAUUUGACAUCCAGAUCUCAGUUUCUGACCCUGAGAAAGUUGGUGACGGCAUGAAUGCGUUUAUGAUCUAUAAAGUGACGACUAAAACCAGUUUGUCCAUAUUCAGCAGAGACGAGGUGUGUGUCAAGAGGCGCUUCAGUGAUUUUCUGGGUUUGCACAGUAAACUAGCCUCCAAGUACAUGCACAUGGGCUUCAUCGUCCCUCCUGCGCCUGAGAAGAGCAUCGUGGGAAUGACGAAGGUCAAAGUGGGGAAAGAGGAUCUGUCAUCGGUGGAGUUUGUAGAGAAGAGAAGAUCUGCUCUGGAAAGGUAUCUGCUGAGGACGGUCAAACACCCAGCGCUGCUCAAAGACCCCGAUGUCCUGCAGUUUCUGGAGAGUUCAGAGCUGCCGCGAGCGGUUAGUACACAGGCGCUGAGUGGAGCCGGAAUAUUGAGGAUGGUAAACAAAGCAGCCGACGCUGUCAACAAGAUGACAAUCAAGAUGAAUGAAUCGGAUGCGUGGUUUGAGGAGAAACAGCAGCAGUUUGAGAAUCUGGACGUUCAGCUCAGAAAACUUCACGUUAGUGUGGAAUCACUGGUGUGUCACAGGAAGGAGUUGUCUGUGAACACGGCGUUGUUCGCUAAAAGCGCGGCUAUGCUUGGAAACUCGGAGGAUCACACGGCGCUGUCGCGAGCUCUGUCCCAGCUGGCCGAGGUGGAGGAGAAGAUCGAGCAGCUGCAUCAGGAGCAGGCGAACGCUGACUUCUACCUGAUCUCAGAGCUGCUGGGAGACUAUGUGCGGCUCAUCACCGCCGUCAGAGGUGUGUUUGACCAGCGGAUGAAAGCUUGGGGAAAGUGGCAGGACGCUCAGCUGAUGCUGCAGCGCAAGAGAGAAGCCGAAGCUAAACUACAGUACGCCAGCAAACCUGAGAAACUGCAGCAGGCCCGAGACGAGAUCCGAGAGUGGGAAGGUAAAGUGCAGCAGGGGGAAAGGGAUUUUGAGCAGAUCUCGAGGAACAUCCGGCGAGAGGUCGGUCAGUUCGAGAAAGAGCGAGUGAAGGAUUUCAGAGUCGUCAUCAUGAAAUACCUGGAGUCCCUGGUUCACUCACAGCAGCAGCUGAUAAAAUACUGGGAGGCGUUCUUACCUGAAGCCAAAGCCAUCGCGUAAUCAUCACACCUCCGGCUUUCUUUAUUCCACAGCAUGAUCAUGCAAGAAGAAGAAACCUAAUGAUAGCACUACAUGAAUAAACCCAGAAUCUGAAUCUCUGAACCUGUUCGGUGUCUGAAGAUCAGCGUUGUGUUUCUUCACUCUGAUGAUCCGGCAGGGGAAGGCCUUCUGAAGCGCUUUCUGUUCUCCUUUAUAUCAAUAAUGAAGCAUUAUUCUUUAAUAAUCAGUAUUUAAGAGCAUCAAUAAUCAACAAGGCUUCAUGCACGAUAUACAUAUGUAUAUUUUUUUUAUUUUGCUUCGUAGCCUGAAAUUUAAGUUGAUUCAUUGUUAUAACGGAUUUUGUAAUCACAAGUAUUUUUACUCUACAUUCCUGUGCAACGAUAUCUGAACCUUAAUAAAGAAGUGAAUGCGUAUCAGAA